AGUGGUCGCGGGCACUAGAUAUCUUGUUCAAAAUGGCGGUGAAAGAAGUGAAAAGAUCGCACUUUUAUGCACUCAGAAAGCAAAAUGUUCUUAUAAUGCAAACUAAUUAAUUUGCCAAAACUGUGACAUCGAAAUAAAGUUAUCUACUAUAUCAUUCCAUAUGGAACACUUAAUCAUUAGAUUACUGGGUGAAAGAUCUUUAUCUGGAACAUUGGCUAGCUUUUUUUUAUGAGCUAUAUGAUAAUAGCGAGCUAACUGGCUAGAGCAACAAUAUGGCGUCAGAAUUUUUUUCAAAAGUAUUGUUUCGAUUUGUGUUACCACUUGCUCUACUUUCAGGAUGUAUCACUCGUUACAAUGGCUUUUCUGCAUGUUAUAUGUUAUUCUUGCUAAUCAUUCCACUGCUACCCAGUCCAAGCAGAGAGAAUUCAAAAUUGGCAUUAAAAUUACAGUCAACAAUCCUUGCGUUUUCACUUGUAUUCAUUUUCAGUCAUAUCAUCUUUCAAAUAGUUCUUCUUUCUUAUCAACCAUAUGGACAUUUUCUUAAAACAUGUUCAUCAAAUGCAGAUAUUACUGAACAAGUGGGCCUUUAUAGGUUUGACAACUGUGCAGUUAAAGACAUCAUUCGCUUAUUAGCUCCUGACGUGAUUGUGUUUAUAUGUUCAUUAAUUGCAGUCCUGUCUGCACGUCAUUUAACAGUCGCAAUGGAGCCGUAUUCUUCAGAUUUAAUGCAAGCUACUGGGCAACCAAUUACACCAUCAACAUCACGAUUUGAAAACAUUCUUCCUAUUUUCGGUGCAUUGUUGUUGCUACUGGCUGGCAUCAUACAACCAAACUUGCUAUCUUCAAUAUAUUUUCUUUUCUUUCUUGUAUUUGGAAUAUGCUGGGCAUUUCAUCUCUUAGAUCACAUAAAAAGACUUUCAUCGUUUUUCUUCAUAAAAAUUUUAUUGACUGUUUACACUGGACUUCAUAUUCUUGUUUUGUACAUGUUCCAGUUUCCAUUCUUUCAAAAAGUGCUUGAUCCAACAACCUUUCUUGCAAGAUUACUUGGCAUUCCUGCAAUCAUCAAUGCUCAGGAUUGCAGCAAAAGUCGAGAAAUUAAAAUCAACUCAAUGACUUGGCCAUUUUAUGUUUAUCCUUUCUUGAUAUUUCUGUUGUAUUGGGUUCUUGCAGUCGAAAAUCGAAUGAAAUGUAGAAAGCAAUACAAUGAUGUCAUCACAGGACGGGUUGCUGCAGCUUGGUGGCAUCCAAGAUCAUGGUCAAAAACAUUUAAAGAAACAUCACCUCUCCUUCAAAACAAUGAAGUUCCACAGUAUGGAAGUGUGCAACCAGACGAACCGACAAUUAAGUCAGAAGAUAAUGAAGAACCUGUCGUCACACAAGGAACUUUCAGCAGUAUCAUGAUGUUUUUAAUGAGACAAAGUUACAUUGCUGCUCUGAUUAUUAUGAUGACUUGGAGCAUCAUUUAUCAUUCCUGGCUUACAUUUGUUCUGUUGCUUUGGGCAUGUUUAACAUGGAUUACACCAUUUGCACGAUGGUUUUGCAUGGUGUCAUCGCCAUAUUUGGUUGUAUAUUCCACUUUACUGCUACUACUUCAGUACGUUUACGGAAUGAAUCUUAAGGACAGCGAACUUCCAGUUAAAGAUGGAAAAUUUAAUUUUUCUGAACUUGGGCUGGUGGAAACCCCCUACCCAGUUUUACAUCUCGCUGUACAGACUUUGUUCACAUGGGUAUUUCUUGUUACUCUUCGACAACACUACCGAGAAAAGAGAAUGAAGCAAAGAAAUUCAGUAGCUAGUGAAAUGGUUUUAACAACUCUAACAAGACCUAUUUUUGAAGCUAUAAAACGCAGAGUAAACAGUGGAAAAGGAGAUCAUAGAGCUCUAAACCCUGACGACCUGGAACAUGGUACACCAUCAGAUGACGCAAAAGAGAUGAUGGCAUGGAUUAAAAGCGUGUUAGCAAAAUAUUGGAUUGUUGUGUGUUGUUUUGCAUUCUUGCUGGUUGCGUUACAAAAUAGCGUCUCCUUAUAUCAGAUAUUUUACAUGGUCAUAUUCUUAAUGGGAUUUGUGGUCUACCAGUUUUCACUGCGUACCUGGAAAACGAUAUUACGCUCAUUGUGGUGGUUUAUGGUUGUGUAUUCAAUUGUUAUACUGUUAACUAUUUAUACCUACCAGUUCGAUAAUAUGCAUCAAUAUUGGUCAAAUGGAACACAUCUUAGUGACCAAUGGUUGUUUGAUAUUGGUCUUAGACAACAAAGCAAAUCAGGAUUACUUCUGGAGUUACUCAUACCAACAAUAUUCUCAAUUGUUAUUGUCAUUCAAUUGCAUUUCUUUCACAAACCAUUAAUGAUGAAAAUUAACAGAUUACUAAGAUACAGGAAAUGCAGACAAAGAAAUGAAAGUCAGUCUGCAAACAGUUUUACUGGAUCCUGUACUGAUCAGACAUUAGGUCAGCAAUCAACAAUUUCUUCAUUGUCAACUGUUACUGGUAUGGGUGAAAGCAUGUCGGAUGAAAGUGAGGACGAGUUGGAUGAUUCGUUGUUAAAGAGAAUUCGGAAGAUGCACCAUGAAACCACUGUUAUUUUGUGGCGUAUAGUUGAGAUACAUUCACCUCAUAUUGUUGGUUUUGUUGUCAUGUUGGUGGUAGUACAGCAGGUGUCUGCAAUAAAUGCAAUAUUUGUAAUACUGCUUGCAAUGGCAAUGCCAAGUGAAUAUCUCCAUCGAUUUUUAAACUAUGUUAUGAUUGCAUGGUCAUCUGUUGUUGUUUUGGUGUUUAUGUUCUAUCAACUGGAAUUUGUAAAGGAAAAUAUGUUGGACACAAACUGCACAAAAAGUGGAAACAUGUCCUAUCCGAAGCCUGCCAAUGGUAGUCACUUUGUAAGUAAUGCGUGGUGGUUAGGAUUCCACAAAUCAGGUGCGGUCUCCAGAGAUGUACGGGGCUAUCUAUUUAUUGUGCUGUUCAUCGUGUUUGAGAAAGUUAUAAAACAUCACCAGGAAUUGUAUCGCUAUCGCAAGAAUGUGAAAAGUGUGCCUGUGGCAGGAAUACUUUUUGAUGAUGUCACUCGCAAAAUGGCUGAUGACAACGUUAUCACUUGUCUGAAAUAUCUCUGUAAUCAUUUUUUCAGACUGUUUGGAAUGGAGAUCAAUUUGAUGGUAAUGGUAGUUUGUAUGAGUUUCCGUGGUGAUGGCGUUGCAGUGCUUCACUCUUUGUGGGUCGCAGCAUUCUUGUUUGUACAACGUAAAACUGCUAUCAAGUUAUGGAGAUUCUACGUGCCCUAUAUGGCUGUGAUGUUACCCCUACAAUAUCUCUUGAUAUUAGGAUGGCCUCCUGGCUGGUGCAAUGGUUACCCAUGGGACAACCUUAAUCCUUCAACAUUAGUGCAAUGGCUCUAUUUAACAGAUAUUCAGAAACCUCAAGAUCAGUACGUGUUAAUAGCGGAUUACUUUCAAUUUCUUGUUGCAUGUUGUCAAGCGAAUGUUUUUAAAGAAGAAACAAAUGAAAAAAAGCCAUCACACAGCAACACAGCAUCUAAUACAACUUAUGAAGCCAAACAAGAAGUUUAUGUACCACAGGAUUUUACAGGAAACAAAACAUGGCUGGAUUUUAUAAAGAUUCUAGUGCUUGAUCAAUUCUUGUGGUUAUCACUGAGCAUCGUGUAUAUCACUGCACAGAGUACAAUCAGUAUCUUCAACUCUGGUUUCAUUGUCGGCUGUUUCUUCUUCCUAUGGCAUGGACAAGGCUUAUACUUGCGACCAAGAAAGACGAUCACAAGAUGGUGGAAAACAUUUAUAGCGUACAAUUUUUUUGUAAUAGUUGUCAAAGUUUGGCUGCAGCUCGUAUCCUGCGUGUUCGUCUCAAACAUUUACGAAGAGACUGAUUGUUAUCUCAUUCAACUGCUUAACCUCUAUUGUCUGCGAAGUGACACUUACGACAUUCAUCCGACCAUCGACUGUAUGGAUAGCAAUACAGACACUGGUUUACUGAUGGACUCAGUGUGUUUUAUUGUCGCCCUUAUCCAAUACCGUAUCUUUAAUUCGACAUAUUUUAAAUAUGUCAUACGAGAACAUAGAAAACAAUCAGAGAUAGCGUACAGAGGUGCUCAAUUGGUCGAAGAGCGAUUACUUAUCCGUCUCAAUGAGUCAAUCCAGAGAGAUAAGAAAAAGAUGCAAUUGAUCAGGACAAAGGUAUCCAAACUAAAACGACGUUUAGCGGAAUUGAAUCCAAAAGCACAAGAACCACUGUCUCAUUACGAAGCGAUAUAUGCUGGCGAUUAUUAUCUAUUCGAAGAUUCAGAAACAGAUUCUGAUAGUGAUUUAAAAGAUGACGAAGAAGAGGAGAGAAGUACGGAAGGAGAUUUGACAACCACAAGUGUGCCACAAGAAACAUCAGAACAACAAGAGGUUCCUGUUGAAAAAGACACGAUGGAAGACUCAACUCUUGCUGCGGAUCAAGAAGAUGCAACACGUGCUGAGCAAACCGAUGGUUUACGUUUACGUCGACCGAAACAUCACAAACGUAGUGAGCAAAGUUCGGAAAUUUCUCUCAUCACACCCGAGAAUACAAUCGAUCAAACCGAGGAUGUCCAAACAUCUUUCAAGGAGAAGCUGAAGGAGUAUCUACACACAAGUUCCUCGUUUUUUAAACAUCUUGCAAAUAAUGCGACUAACUUUUUAAAUGAAACUUCAAAGGAUUAUCGCUACAUCACUUCACAGCUGACAGAAGAGAGAAAAGAGAGAGCACGAAGUCAACUGCAAACUGAAAUCGUUGCAUCAAAAAAUGGUAAAACUGAUGUAAAAAAUGCAGAUGCUGAUCGUCAGUUGUCAACCUCCAGCAACAAGGAUGAUGAUGACAGCGACACGUGGUCCGUCGUUCCAUCGGAGGAUGAGAAAGUUUCCUGGAAGAAAACAGACUCGUGUGGCGUUCGUCUGGCUGUCGCGUUUUAUUACGCCCUGCUUGCAAAUACAGACUUACUUUGUUACUCACUCAUGAUCAUCAAUCAUAUGUACUACGCUUGCGUACUUUCCAUGCCCUUACCCUUCUUUGUUUUCUUUUGGGGUAUGCUCUCCAUCCCACGGCCAACUAAACGUUUCUGGAUCACUGUCAUAACGUAUGUGGAGUUAGUCAUUGUAAUCAAGUACGUCUUUCAGUUCCAGUUUCCAGAAGACAAAAACUUUAAUGAAUGUGAAUAUUAUGAUGUAAAGGAAGCAAAGAGUCCAUUGUGUCCACCCCGAAUAUUUGGUAUCGAGAGAAACCAGUACUCAUCAGUGUGUGACCUGUUGCUGUUGCUUGGCUUGUUUUUCCAUCGAUUUGCUUUAAAGGCACACGGUUUGUGGCGAGAAAAAUCGUGGAGUGACGAGGAGGACACAAGUCCACGUGUAAUACCAAACAAAGAUGAGGAGAAUGUUGUUCCUCCUUCCGAUGUUCAUUUACUCAGUGAUAUGUCACAAGCUUCUACGAGAGAUUCACGUUUUAAUUCUAAUAUGAGCAGAGCAUCAAUACAACCCAAACAAAGUGUUCUUAGCAAUAUCAAACGCUUUAUACAAAGAAUGUUGGAUCCUGGUGUCGGUACCGGUGCUGUGGAUGUCUACGCAUGGAUGUUUAGCGCACAGUUCAUUGUCUUUGUGAUCAUCUUGUCAGGCUGGUCUGCGUUUUCUUCGAAUCAGGAUUCCAAAUCAAACUUUGCAAAGAUUAUAGAAGAGAAUAACGUCCCAAAAACAUUUCUGUACAUGUUAUUAUCGCAAUUUUUGCUCAUUGUUCUCGACAGAUUCUUGUACAUGAAGAAACAAGUACUCGCUAAGCUCAUUUAUCUGGUCAUACUUGUGUUUUUGUUUCAUAUCUUCUUGUUUGUCGUAGUACCUCAGAUAACACAAAGGACCUUCACACAAAACGUGCCAGCUAUCUUUAUGUACUUGUUUCAAUGUAUCUACUUUGGAUUAUCAGCGUAUCAAGUGAGAUGUGGCUAUCCUACACGUAUUUUGGGAAAUUUCUUAACAAAAAAUUACACUGUGACUAGCGGUAUCUUGUUUCAAGGUAUUCAAGCUAUCCCGUUCCUGUUGGAAUUGAGAAGUGUAUUGGAUUGGGUAUGUACGAAAACCACGUUAACUUUAAGUCAUUGGUUGAAAAUGGAAGAUAUUUACGCGAAUGUGUUUAUCCUAAAGUGUUGGAGAGAUUCAGAGAAGACAUGGCCUCACCCACGUGGCAUGCCAUAUUGGUCAUCAAGCAAAUGGUUGAUUGGUGGAAUUUUGGUCACGUUACUGAUAGUCGUCAUUUGGUUUCCGUUGUUAUUGAUGUCUUUCAUUAACUCAGCUUACAUCUCGAAUCGCCCUGUUGAAGUGACGUUUACUCUCACUGUAGGUGGAUACCAGCCAUUGUUCAAAGUUUCGACUCAACAACAAUAUUUAAAAGAGUUGAAAUCGCGAGAAAUUAACAGCUUGAUCGCAAGAAUUAAAGAUUGGAAUGUGAAAGAAAAAGACACAAAUUGGGAUUUUAAUAAAAUUGAGCAGGGUAUACAGGACUAUAAAAAAACUGGCAAUAUCGUGCGUAUACAAGUGAUUAGCAACUCGAGCGCGAUAUGGACCAUCAGCCCUCCAUCGCGGGACUUCCUGAUCAAAGAUUUGGAAUCGAACGCAAGCAUUUCACUGCGCUUUAAAUAUGUAUUUAACAGAGAACCGAAUACGACGCAAACCACCAUUGUGCAAGAAUCGGUGUCCGGUGUAACAGUAAGACCGAUGCCUCCGGGCGAUCCUAUGAGACAAAAACUCGCUAAAGUGUUAAGAAGUCCUUCUGGUGAUGGAGAAAUUUCUAUUCCGGAUUUAUUUCCGACCUUUAUGCAAGUUCCAGCGUCGGGUCCGGUCAAACCGGUCUCAUGGAUCGGUCGUGGUUGUUAUGUGAAUUCAAAAUUAAUAUUGCGUCGUGGAAUUGCCCCACACUUGAACACCACGCAGGUGGAAUGGUGGGAUAUUGUACAAGAAGAACCGAAGCCACUGUUUUCAAAGAAAUCUGGUUACUUAGAGAUUAUCGCUUUGAAUGAUUUGGUUCCACCACUGCACCUGUCAUUUUUUGCUAAUAAAGGGAUAAUUGGUUUGUAUGUUGGUUUUGUGUGGUUGGUUGGUAAAUUUGUUCGUUUAUUCUUCACCUCUAUAUCGUAUCGUAUCAUGUUUGAUGAGUUACCCAAUGUAAACAGAGUCUUAAAGUUAUGUCUGGAGAUUUACAUGGUGCGUGAAAGCAAAGAGCUGAAGCUAGAAGAAGAUUUGUUCGCAAAACUUUUAUUUUUAUAUCGUUCACCAGAAACUUUAAUUAAAUGGACGAAAUAUAAACGUUUGAAAACAUCAUGAUAUGAUGACGUCAUUUACGUACGCCCGCGAUAACGCCCUUUUUUAAUCUUCCAGGUAUUAACGCCCUCACAUAAACAUUAGAUUGACAUUUUCUUAAAUAUAGCUUCAACACAUGCUUUGUUAAGUACAUUUAUCAAAAGUAGGGCUUGGUAGUUAGAUACAAUAGUAUUCGCAUUUAUUUUCUUAUUGUUAUAGUUUUAAUUUGGUUAAUGAUAUAAGUUAAAAACUAUUUAUUAAAUUAUAUGUUCAUCUUUUAGUUAGCUAUCCAAUAUCAUAGCAAGGGGUUAAGCAACUAAUUUAAAAUGUUUCUUUACUUUUAAAAAAGACGUAAGCGUACACAAUGUUCCUGUCUGUUUAUCAUUUAACUCAGAUAAAUAACUGUGUUCAAAGGGAAGGUAUGCAACAUAACCGAAUCCCUUUUCUCUGAUCUUGUUUUGAGUUCACGUUUAAUGUCUUUUAUUGGUUAAAAUUUGUGUUUGAAAAAUGAAAAAUGGGUUAAUAGAAGAAAUAAAAUUUGUAACUAUGUUAAAAUAAAUAUAAAAUUUUUAUAUUAAGUCUAUAUUUUUUCAGAAUAAAUUUUUAUUGAAAACA